GGGCGGGGCCGAGCGGCUCCGGGGCUCGCAGGACGCGGCGGCUGCGGCGGCUCCGCUCGCACCGGGAGCCGGCCAGCAUGGGGGAAGCUGCUAGCACCAAGCUGGGCCGGUGGUGAGACAGGAGGGAUACGGAGGAAGAGGAUGGAGAGGGGGGGGCGAAGGUGAAGGCAGCCCCCCCCUCCCAAAAUAUCCCCUAGCCUAUCGAGCCAUCGCCAUGGCGACGAAUUUUAACGACAUCAUCAAGCAGGGCUAUGUGAGGAUGAAGAGCAAGAAGCUGGGGAUCUACCGGCGGUGCUGGCUGGUCUUCCGCAAAUCCUCCAGCAAAGGGCCCCAGCGUCUGGAGAAGUACCCGGAUGAGAAAUCAGCGUGCCUGCGGGGGUGCCCCAAGGUCACCGAGAUCAGCAACGUCAAGUGCAUCACGCGGCUGCCCAAGGAGACCAAGAGACAGGCGGUGGCCAUCAUUUUUACCGACGACUCCGCCCGGACCUUCACCUGCGACUCAGAGCUGGAGGCGGAGGAGUGGUACAAGACGCUGUCGGUGGAGUGCCUGGGCGCCCGCCUGAACGACAUCAGCCUGGGGGAGCCCGACCUGCUGGCGCCCGGCGUGCAGUGCGAGCAGACGGACCGGUUCAACGUGUUCCUCCUCCCCUGCCCCAACCUGGACGUUUAUGGCGAGUGCAAGCUGCAGAUCACCCACGAAAACAUCUACCUCUGGGACACGCACAACCCCCGGGUGAAGCUGGUCUCCUGGCCCCUCUGCUCCCUGCGCCGCUACGGCCGCGACGCCACCCGCUUCACCUUCGAGGCCGGACGGAUGUGUGAUGCAGGAGAAGGUCUCUACACCUUCCAGACACAGGAGGGUGAGCAGAUCUACCAGCGCGUGCACAGCGCCACAUUGGCCAUCGCUGAGCAGCACAAGAGGGUCCUGCUGGAGAUGGAGAAGAACGUCAGGCUGCUGAACAAGGGCACUGAGCACUUCUCCUACCCCUGCACCCCCACGACCAUGCUGCCCCGCAGCGCCUACUGGCACCACAUCACUGGCUCCCAGAACAUGGCUGAGUCCUCCAGCUAUGCUGGGGAGGUGUAUGCAGGCGCCCAGGCCAGCUCGGACACCGACCUCCUCAACAGGUUCAUCUUGCUGAAGCCAAAGUCCUCCAAAAGUGACAAGCCUGAAAGCAGGGAGCCUGCAUCGUCCCCGUGAGCUGGUGUGGGGGGACUGUGGCAGGGGUCCCCUUUUUCUUCUCCAAGGGGUGGCAAGGACGCAGGCAGUCACCCCUCAGAACCUCCAGGACACCGAGCUGGGGCACUUUGGUGCCAAGACCUUAGGAAGCAGGCACUGGCUCACAUCCUGGUCUGGCAUUAGUGGAGGCAAUGGCUGGCUCAGCCUCAACUGACUUCAAAUAUAUAUUGAAUAUCCGUAUUGUAAGAGAUAUUUCCUUCUCACAUGAAUGCAAAUGUGGUGGCUGCUGAAGAGCCCUUGGGCAGAUGCCCAGAGGUUUUUGACUCUUGGGGAUCCAACUGGGAGGUGAACAAAGUUGGGGAGGGGGUCAAGAAAUUCAGAGUUUUCUGCGUGGCAGGAUGGCUGGAGCAUCACUCUGCCAUGGCCAUGGAGCAGCAUUGGAGGAUGCAGCUGUGCCAGGCUAUGGUGCAGGGUCCACCCCUCCACGAAGAGCAGGGUGCUCCUGAGGACACCCUGCCAUCCCUGAGCUGAUUUUUGCACUUCAAGCUAUUUAAAUGCUCGCUGUAGAAUUGAGAUGUCUCAGGAGAAACUGGUUUUCCUUCCAGGGGCAUUGGUUGGGAUGAGUGGCCACAUAGAGCCAAGCUCCCCGGCUUCUCCCACCCCAACACCCCUCAGUCCUCCCACAGCUGUGUCCCCCUGCCAUGCCCCCGGUUUUUCUGCUGGUGGGCAACCAUGGGACUGGUUUUGGCCAGUAGCAUCUGUCUGAAGGGGCAGCUUUGUGAAGAAGCCCCAGGGCAGAGAAACCCAUGCUGAUGGGGAGAGAGCCACAUUCCUCUGUGCAUUCCCAUAGCCCUCACUUCCUCCUCACCCACUGGGGGUGGAACUGGGCUUUAUGUGCUGAACUUAAAAGCAAUUGAUUUUUUCUAGUUCUCCUAUUUAUUGACCUCCUUUAGAAGGGCUAUCUUUUUAUUGCCGUGCAAACCUUGGUGUUUCUUUGGAGUCUUCUUUCUGUCUGGGUUGGAUGCUUGGUGGUUUUAUUUCUGCCCUUUAAAGCUCCAGGUCCAUGUGUUGGGCACAGGGAGUGUUGUGAUGUGGGAAUCUGUGGUCUGUAAAUACUGUGUUUCAGGGUGGUGUAGCUUGUGGCUGAGGGGACAUGGGGACAGAGAAAGGCUGCUCCUCGCAGCAUGGCAGGGCACAGAGGGGCUCUGGAUCCCAGCACUGCCCAGCAGUGUGUCCUCCCUGGGGUGAGAGGUGGAACUUGCUCUCUUUUCCUGGCUACACACCUCAUCUGGAAAAGAUUUAACAUUUGUUACCAAAAAUGAUUGGGUUUUCUGUUUUUUAAGGAGUUGCUCAAUGAAUAAACAACCCUUAUCCACAUCCACCCUUCCUGUUUGUCUGUUCCAUCCAAGCGCGCUCGGGAAGCGCAAGUGGGAGUUGUGCCUGCCAGAGAGAAAAAUGCUGAUGGGGGGAGAUUUCCUGAGGUUCCUGGCAGCAUGCUUGGCUCAGGGCUUUGUUCUGCCUCCAGCUAUGGCCAGGACAUUUCAAGUGAAGCCCUAAAGCUUCUGGGAUAGGAAGAAGGGUGGAGCGAGUUGCCACUGUCCAUCAAACAGCCCUGAGUGGAACAGGAUGCCAGCACCCCACUGUCACCCUCAUCUCCAGCUGCUCGUGGCUCCAGGGAUGGGGCCAGGCCAGUGGUGGCUCCAAGUCCCCAGGAGAAGGAGUUUCAAGGCACACCAUCUCCCAGCUCUCGAGCUGUGCUAGGUAAGCUAUCCCUGCCAUGACUGCCUGGCAGCACUGGCCUCAAGGUAAGACAGCCAUGCCAGCCAGCACAAUGAUCCCUCCAGGGACAGGGAUAUGGGGAGCCAUGCUGCAGCCAGCUCUGCCAUGGCAAGGAAAUGAAGCAGCAGCCUGGCUGCAGCAGCGUUUGCCUAGAGGAGAAGGCAAUGCUGGCAUGGGCUGCUCUCCCCAGCUCAGCGUGACCCUAGCACCACCUCCUUAACUGUCCCCCUCCACACCAGAAUGAGCACAGGGGCACACAGGCCUUCCCCUCCCUCCCAGCCCCAUGGUACAGGAGCUGUGGGUCUCUCCAGGGAAGUCUCAUCCCAAGUCAUGCUGGAGGGGAAGAGGAGGAAAGGUGACAAAGGCCAUUGCUUUCAGCCAUUGCCAGGGGGGUCCGAUCAUGGGACCUGCACCAGACUCCAGCCCAGCACACACUGGACAUUACUGACAGACCAUGUGCCACCCAACUCCUCAGAAAAGGGUUAUACAGUACAGGGGUGGAGUCUGUUCCAGAGGAUUCUGUAAGUACAACUUUGCCUGCCUGGCCCUGCUGGGCUCCCCUGCAGUGCUGCCUUCUGCAGCAUCUCGCCCACCCUGGCCUCAAACAUCUGCUUUAAACACAGCACUGGAUCAAUGAACAACGGGCUGCCUGCAGGAGGGGUGCUGCUCUCCUCAGGAGAUAAUGUCACAAGCAGCAAUCAGCAUCAGUGAGCAAUGCUCCCUCCAAAGCAGA